AACAUUGUUAUUCAAUUUUAAUUGAUGAAGAUUUCUUCUAAUUAUAGGGGCAUCAGACAAUGGAAAGACUUGUUGUUUCUUUGGCUAUUAUAUUGUCAUCUUUGAAUAAAAUUCGACUAGCUUUAAAGUACUAAAUAAAAAUUAAUUAAAUGUAUUCGAACAAAGUUAAGAAUAAUAAAACUAUAUAUUUUUUUAAAAAAAGUAAAAUAUUAUCAUCGUACAAAGAAACUAAAUAAAGGACAGGUAUUUUUAUUUUGGUAAACGAAUCUAUAUUAAAUGGGUAGCUAGUGCAAUACUCAAAUUUUGAAAGAAAAUUUAAACAAUUUACUUAUAAUCAUAUAUAUAUUUAUAUUAUUACAAUUUUUUUUUUAUAUUUUUUACGGAUUCUUUUAAGGUUUUUUACUUGUUUCUUUUCUUUUAAAACAUAUAUAUUUUCAUAUUGCUUUCCUAUAGCAGCAACAUUAAUUGAAAAUGAGUAUAAUUUAGAGUAAUUAUAAUGUUCGACGAUGUAUGUGAUAAUAAAAAAAAUAGAAUAUCUUUUUUAAAUGCCGAAAAAGAUAGAGGAGUCUACCAAGCAUAUAAAAAUCCAAGUGAUCCAUUAAUUUUUUUUUCAAAUAGUCUAUUUCCAAGUGUAUAAAAUGAAAGUGUCACGGGUGUAACAGCCUGUUUGAACCCUGUUUCAGUGUGUUAAUUUUUUUUUAAUUUUUUAAAAUUUUACAAGAGGUCUUAAAUAACUACAAUAUACACAACUAUAAAGAAUUUGGACUAAAAAGUUAUCCUAAAUGCCAAAACAAAUAUGAUUUUUUUUAUUAUAAUAUCUUCCUCUUUGUCAUUAUGUAUGUUUUUUUAAAAAUAAAUAAAUUAAAAAACUUCUACCCAUUUGCUCGUGAAUUGUUUCACCUUCAUUGUGAAACAAGUAACUGUUUCCUAUUACGGUGCUUAAGAAAUAUGCUUCUCCCAAACAUCUAGGAGAGAAGUUAAAAUAGUUUUUUGAGAUAUAUAAUAAUGUUUCAGGAAUAUGCUUCAGUUUGUAAUCUAAAUUCAAUGACUGAUUGUAUACUCUCUCACCCACCCAACUUUGUUUUCUGUGCAGAUGUUAUCUCAUUUUCACCCCUUUAGUUAUUGUUAUAUUGUUUUGAUUAUAACACUCUACAAAUGAUUCCUUACCAGUCCGUCUGAUAUAGCAGUUUUGUGUAUCUGUAUGUUCAAUUGUUGAUAUUUCUGAUUGUUGCUUCUUGUGAUGAGGUGAAUCACAGAUUUUCGAUGGAAUAUUUCGGUGUUACGCUGUUUUGAUUGCUGCUUUGGUUGUUGUAGCUGAGACGGAAUGGGGAUUUAUCUUGAAGUUUUGGCAGGUACUUUGCAGAACAAAUUCCUUCUAUGAUAUAUAAUGAUAGAAGUAGAGGAUUUGAAUCGUAAUUCAGAGUACUGCAAAAAAACAAUGGGUGAUUUCAAUGAAGAACAAGUUAGCAAUAAUUACUUUGCAUAACAAACUGAGGACAAGUGGAUUGUAGCUGCUGAAAAGUUAGAAAUCUUCAAGGGCCCAAUUGAACUUGUUCGGGAGGACUUGGUAGGAAAACAGUUCUUAACAUUUGAAGAUGCAGAGUUCUUUAUCCACCAAUACUCAAACAUGAUCGGUUUCAGUCUAAGGAAAGGAAAAGUUAAAAGACAAUUUGGGGGUGCUAUAAAAUAUCGCCAGUGGGUGUGCUCUAAGGAAGGACAUCGUGAAUUGAAAUGGAUUAAAAACUUGAACCGCAAAAGAGAGCCGAGGGCUAUUACUAGGGUAGGUUGCAAGUUUCUAUUUAGAGUUUCCUUGAGGAAGCAGGACGGGAAAUGGUAUUGCAAGGAAUUUCGUUCAACACACUCCCACCCCUUGGUCAUUGUCGGGCAUCGACAAUUCAUUCGCUCGAACCGAAUUAUACCGGAUGGGAUGUUAAUGGAUGCCACUUGUAUGAAGAGUGCAGGGAUAAAAACAUGCCAAAUUUACUCUUAUAUGGCAGAAUUAGUUGGGGGUUAUGGGAAACUGUCUUUCCUACCUAAAGAUUUGUAUAAUCGAGUUGCAAAGAAUGAAUCAGUGCACUUAAAAAAUGCUGAUGCAGCAAGGGCUAUUGGCUAUUUCCAACAUAAGGCAGAUCAUGAUGUAGAUUGUUUUUGUAGAUUUAGCUAUGAUGGCAAUAACCGCCUAUUGAAUGUGAUGUGGGCUGACUCAAAAUCUCGAGAAGACUACCAUUUGUUUGGCCAUUCAGUUGCCUUUGAUUCCACGUACAAGACAAACGCCUAUGGGAAGCCACUUCUGGUUUGGUUAGGGGUCAAUAAUCAUUUCAGGUCAACGAUUUUUGGGUUCGCUUUGCUAUCUGACGAGUCCUCAGAUACAUAUACAUGGGCAACAAAAACAUUUAUAGACUGCAUGGGAGGGGUUACACCAAAGACGGUCGUCACAGAUGGUGAUCCAGCAAUAAGACUUGCAAUCAAUGUAACCAUGCCAGAAGUUGUUCAUAGAUUAUGCUAUUGGCACAUCCACAAGAAGGCCGCGAUAGCUGUGAAGGAUCCAGAGUUUUUAAGGAAGCUCAAUAAAUUAUUCUUUAACUAUUACUCUAUUGAUGAGUUUGAAACUUUAUGGAUAGAUUUGAUUGAAGAAUAUGGGCUCCAAAAAAACGAGUGGGCAAAGUGGAUGACUGAUAGAAAAGAGCAAUGGGCAGAGGCAUACCUGAGAGGUAAUUUCUUUGCUGGAAUGACAACAACACAAAGGUGUGAGGGCAUGCAUGCUCUACUUAAGAAAAGAGUGAAUGAGAAGAUGAAAAUGUAUGAAUUUGUUCGUGCUAUUGAUGUGGGAAUGUCAUUGCUAAGAACUCGAGACGCCAAGGAUGAUUAUGACACGAUGAAUACUAUGCCAUUGCUUCAGCAGACAAACAUGGCACAUAUCGAGGAGGAGGCAGCAAAAUUGUACACAAGAAAUAUGUUUUCCGAGUUCGUGCUCAAAUAGAAAAAGAAGCAAGGUACAUGGUAGAUUCUUCAACAAAAGAAGAUGAUAUGGUGGUCGUUCGAUUGACAAAAACACCUCUUUUUGACACGCUGCAUAGAACAGUAUAUCAAGAUUUGUCAAUUGGUUCUAUAGGUUGUGAAUGUCAAUAUUUCCCGACCUAUGGCAUCCCAUGCCGACAUAUAUUCUGUGUCAUGAAAAAAUUCAAAGUGACUUCAAUUCCAAAGUCUUUGGUCAUUACACAAUGGACAAUACAUGCACGAGAGGUACAAGAAAUACCAGACGAAAGUUCUACCCGAUGCAGCUUCACAUGUUGUAAAGACAAAAUUCGUUUUGGUAAUAUUUCAACCCAGCUUUACCAAAUUUCUUUCCUUGCUUGUACGAGUGACAAUCUUUUGAAUUUGGCAAAGAAGGAACUUGAGCAAUUAAUGUAUAGGCUACAAAAAAUUUCAUUAGAAGAAGAUGGACACGAAGAGCCAAGUCAAUGUGACAAGAACAUGGAAUACGAUUUGAAUAACCCCCGAGUUAGCAAAAACAAAGGCACUGGAAAAGUGGCUGGCACCUCGAGGCAAAUAAGGAAAAGAAAAUGCAGCAAAUGUGGAAUGUAUGGCCACAACAAAACAACCUGCAAGAAAAAUAGAGAAGAGAAUAUAAAUAAUUCUGAUUUGGACAUAUCCAAUGGUCAAGGUGCAUAUGAAGACUGCAAUGUUUGGGAAGAUAAUGAACAUAAUGGGGUUUCAGAGGAGGAAUUUGUGUUUGAUAAAAAUAUAAAGUGUUGGGAAGAUAUGUAGACCAGCACAAAUUUGAUGCAACAUAUGUAGCGAAAUUUGAUGUAGACCAGCACAAAUUUGAUGCAACAUAUGUAGCGAAAGAAAGAAAGGAAAAAGAUGAUACAGAGACAAUGAGAAAUUGGUGGGGAGCACCUUAUGGAACUCAUGAUAUUCAAUAAAGUGGUACAUCAAAGUGGAUAAGAAAAUAAGAAAAUGGACUAAUGCUUAUAGAUCGUUUCUGUUUUGAUUUUUGUUUGGUGCUAUUAUUAUACUUUUUAAUAAGUGGUUUUCUUUUCAGAUUUUUAAUUAUCAUGAACCAAAUAAUAGUUGUUUUCGCCAGUGGGUUAGUAACCUUUCUGGUUUUUGCUAUUUUUGCUUUGAGGAGUUGGCUUGUCAUUCAAGACUUUAUUUUGUUUUGCUAUGUUGUGAGCCUUUUGCUGGUUAAUUAAAUGAGUUUUUUAAUAAAAGAAAGUCUCAAAAUAAGAUACAAAUAGAAGCCUGUGUAAACUUUCAUGUUUCUGCAGCAACAUGACUUCAUUUUCUUGAUAUUAAAUGUGGAUCUGCAAUCUAAUCCAACUCUUUUGUUAAUUUUAGGAUUAUUAUCAUUACACAUAUUAUAAGACUAUAUCCUCCAUACACUAUAGUUU